CUCUCUCUCUCUCUCUCUCUCUCUCUCUCUCUCUCUCUCUCUCUCUCUCUCUCUCUCUGAGGCCACUGCUUAUUGUGUCAUUUUCAUUCUGAUUUCAUCACUUGUGUGACAACCCUUUUUCCACACCAUCUUUCUUGUUUCUAAAGUUCAGCAAAGCCAUAGGCUUACCAAUUAUGGGCAAGGAAGGGUAUUUUGCUGGAAGAUCAUCAAAGAAAGGUGUAGUAGUUGGAGGAGGAGGAGGAGGUGAUGCUGAAACACAAGCCCCUUCUGGUUGCAUGUGUGCUGUUUUUCAGUUCUUUGAUUUCCAUCCCUUUCACUUUCCCAACAUAACCCAACAACAAACCUCUUUCAAACCACCCUCAUGCACUUUACAAGACCAUGCCACAGUCUCCAAAGGUGCUGAAGCACCUAGGAACAGCUUGGAAUCAGAGGAUGGUGAUGCUCCUGUUUCAUCUCUCUCUUCAAAAGAAGAGGAUUUUAAAAUUCCUAAGAAUAUUAUGCAAAUUAAGACAAGUGGAGGCAGAAGAACAGGUGGUGGAAAUUUGAAUGACUUGUCUGCAGAAAUCACCAGCUCACCAGGGACAAAGACACCAACUUUGGUGGCCAGGUUAAUGGGUUUGGAUCUUCUUCCAGGGACACAGUCACCCUCUUUCUCUUCUUCUUCUUCUUCUUCUUCGUGUCUUUCCGCUCCCAACACACACGGCAAUGCGCCACAUCUGCACCACCACCUCAGGCACAAGCAACAUGUCCAAACGAAGCAUAGAAACAGCAUAGACAGCAGUGACAUUGCAGCCACGAGAUCUUUGCCUGAGACACCAAGAAUCUCCUUAGCAAGAAGAUCAGAUGUUGAUUACUACCACCACAGAUUCUCACUCCAAAUCAACAAGGAAAACAUGAAUCUUGGUGAGGAUUUGGAGCUCCCUAGGCUCUCGUUUUCCAAAAAGAAGUGUGAUGAGAACAAUGGCAGGAGUCCAGGCCACUAUGCUAGGCAAAUAGUCAAACAGGUUAAGGAUAGUGUGGGCAGAAAAGUUGGCCAAGACAUCACAAACACUCUCAAAACAAGAGAGGAAAUUGUAGGCCAACUCAAAAGCAAAAAAUCUUCCAAAACAUCACCACUGAAAGCAAUUAAUGAAACUGAAAGUAGUCCUCUGAAACCACACUCAAACACAUCUUCCUAUUCCCCAAGGCUUAGAUUCAUUGACAAGAACAAACAAAGCACCACAGCCACACCAUCACCACUCACCCCAAAAGACCAAAACAUGCUAAAACUACCAUCACCUCCUCCUCCAGUUAACACUCAGCUUUCAAGAGUUUUAGCAAAACCAAAGCCUCAAACAUUAUCUUUGCCAGAGCAGCAAGAUUUUCAUCAGAAUAGCAAAUCUGAACCAAAAUGCAAAAUGGCUACCAAUGAAAAGUUCAACUCAAGGUUCAAAAGGCCUCCUCAGACAUCGGACAUAAUCAGAAACAAACAAGAGGAAUCGUUCGUCAUUCGUCCCACAUCGCCUACUAGAGCCAGUGACACCAAAACUUCUAAAAGCAAGAAAAUUCAUCCAUUGUCAAGUAAUCUUCUCAACAACAUCAACACUGUACCAAAUCUUCUUCCUGUCAAGACUGACCCUUCUCCUCCAGCAACCAAAAUUCCUCCAAAACAGUCACAGGUGUGUGAUAGUCAAGAGUCCAAAAGCAGCUCACAGUUAUCUAGUUGUUCGCGCCAGAGGUACAAACAAGAAGGAACAACCACACUCGCCACCCGAGAAACGUCACAGAACAAACAUAACAGUGCCUCCGCCACCAUUGGAGCACCGCAGCCUCACACCCCACAAGAGCUUCACUACAUCACAGCAAUCCUUGCCCGUACAACUGCCCUAAACGUGGAGGACAACCCCACAAACCCACCAUUAACGUCCCACCAACACCACCACUGGUUCUCCCCAACCCAUUCACUUGACCCAUCAAUCUUCCUCCACCUGGAACACCUCGCCACCAACAAAGAUCUGAGCUUUUCCCCGACAGAACAACUGGGUCACCAUUGGAAUCGGAAGUUACUUUUCGAUCUGGUGGACGAGGUUCUGAAGGAGAUUCUGCAAGAGAGAGGGAAGAAUGGGCUUUGGUUUUCGAAGGGUGUCGGCGGCUGUUGGCACAGUGGGAGCGUUGUGGAGAGGGUGUGGAAGAGGGUGGGUGAGUUCCCACGUGCGAAGUGUGAGGUGUUGGAGGACAUUGAUGGGUUGAUUGAGGGAGAGGACAUGCAGAAAGAGAAGGAUGGUGAAGGGUUGGAGGAAGAAGGAGAAGGGUUGGUGGCAGAGAUUGAAGGGAACAUAUGGGACACGUUGGUGCAUGAAACGGUUAUGCUUAUAGAUUGCUUGGGAAAUGUGAGAAAAGAGAAGUUAUUAGAUGAUGUGAAAAUAUCACAUGUUUGUACUAUCUCUCAAUUUUAACCUAAUACUAGUACAUAAUUCAGUUUCAA